ACAUUAUAAGAUAUUGCUUGAGGGCCUAAAGUGGCAUAAAGUUAUCUCUAUCCUAAAAAUUAAACAUGCUCUACCUAUUUGUUGUUUUUUAAAUUGGUGACGGGAUAAUUUCAGCAAAUUCGCGCAAGGACGGCGGAAGCGGUGCCGCGCCGCGAGACGAGGUCAUCCCGUCCCCAUACGAGGUCACGUUGGAGUCGGCGGCCAUUUGCGCUGGCGGCGCCGUAGAGUAGCUGGGGGAAGCGGUUCGCCCAACUCACUUAUAAGUGAGCAGAAAGAUGGAUGGUCAGCAGUACUGCCUGAAGUGGAAUAACUUCUCCCAGCAUCUGAAGUAUGCAUUCAACACCAUCUGGAGCAGUGAUGACUCCUUCACAGAUGUCACUCUGGCUGUACAGGGUGGCUUCAAGAUGCGGGGGCAUAAGAUGGUUCUUUCUGCCUGCUCCUACUACUUCAAAAAGCUGCUGGUGCAGGACAUGUCCGACAGUCCGGUGCUAAUCUUGCACGAUGUGUCGCGGCCCGAGCUCGAGGCGCUCGUGCACUUCAUGUACCAUGGCGAGGUGAACGUCACGCAGGACGUGAUUCCGGGCCUGCUCAAGGCCGCCGAGAUGCUGCAGAUUCGUGGCCUCUGCGCAGCGCCCGCCCAGGGCUUCAAGACGGCCAGCUCAGGGGCGACGCCUACCGGCCGCGGCCGCAAGAAGCCGUCGCUAGCGCCGCCGCCGCCGCCGCUGACGGCGGCACCCGACGUGCGCGGACGGAGCAGCGUGGAGAGCGAGGACUCGCGCGACACCAACGGCAUCGGUGGCAGUGAUAACGAGGGUGACGGCCAGCUCCGCAUAGACGAAGAGUCCAAUGGUCUGGAGCCGGAGACUCUGCUGGACGAACAGGACAGCGGCGCCACCGACGACCAGUUCUACCCGCUGCCGCGCGCUGACGCCGCCAGCCCCGAGUCGUACACGGCCACUGCACGACUCAAGAACCUGGCCGUCAAGAUCAAGCUAGAACCCCGGCUGCCCAACGAUCUGGAGGCCGCCAUAGUAUCUUCAAUGCCAAAAAAUGAUGGUACCGUACGCGGCGCCGAGCCCAGCCCGCUGACCGACGAGCAGCGCUACCUGGCGUUCCACGAGCCGCGGCCGUGUCCGCACUGUCGCCGCGUCUACCGCGACGCCGCCACGCUCCGCACGCAUGUGGCGAUCAUGCACUCGGAAGGCCUGGACCCGGUCAGCUGCACGUGCGGCGCUAUGUUCCGCACCAAGCACGACAUGUACGUGCACAAGAAGAACGGCCACCGGUAA